ACUGACACAACCCCUGCAUCAUCUUUACCAUCUUCCACGCAGACAUCAUCAACAGUGACACCUCCGGCAACAACUACUACCCAAUCGACAACUGCCACAACUUCCACAUCAUCAUCUACUUCUACGCAGUCAUCAUCAACAGUGACACCUCCUGCAACAACUACUACCAAAGCCACGACUACCACAACCCCCGCAUCAUCAGCUACUUCUACGCAGUCAUCAUCAACAGUGACACCUCCGGCAACACCUACUACCCAAUCGACGACUGCCACAACCACUGCAUCAUCUUUACCAUCUUCCACGCAGUCAUUGUCGACAGUGUCACCUCCUGCAACAACUACUACCCAAUCGACGACUGCCACAACCGCCACAUCAUCAGUUACUUCUGCGCAGUCAUCAUCAACAGUGUCACCUCCAGCAACAACUACUACCCAAGCCACGAAUACCACAACCCCCGUAUCAUCAGCUACUUCUACACAGUCAUCAUCAACAGUGACACCCCCGGCAACAACUACCACCCAAUCGACAACUGCCACAAGUGCCACAUCAUCACCUACUUCUACGCAGUCAUCAUCAACAGUGUCACCUCCGGCAACAACUACUACCCAAGCUACGACUACCACAAGCCCCGCAUCAUCAGCUACUUCUACGCAGUCAUCAUCAUCAGUGACACCUCCUUCAACAACUACUACCCAAGCCACGACUACCACAACCCCAACAUCAUCAGCCUCUUCUACGCACCACGACGGCCACAACCCCUGCAUCAUCAGUUGCUUCUACGCAGUCAUCAUCAACACCACGACUACCACAACCCCCGCAUCAUCAGCUACUUCUACGCAGUCAUCAUCAACAGUGACACCUCCUGCAACAACUACUACCCAAUCGACGACUGCCACAACCCCUGCAGCGUCUUUACCAUCUUCCACGCAAUCAUCGUCAACACUACUUCUACGCAGUCAUCAUCAACAUGACACCUCCGGCAACAACUACAACCCAAUCGACGACUACCACAACCCCCGCAUCAUCAGCUACUUCUACGCAGUCAUCAUCAACACUACUUCUAUGAUGUCAUCGUCAAUGGUGACACCUCCGGCAACAACUACUACGCAAUCGACCACUGCCAUGACCCCUUCAUCAUCCUUACCAUCUUCAACACAAUCAUCAUCAACAGUGACACCUCCGGCAACAACUACUACCCAAUCGACGACGGCCACAACAGCUGCAUCAUCAGUGUCUUCUACGCAGUCAUCAUCAACAGAAACACCUGCGGCAACAACUACUUCCCAAUCGGCCACUGCCACAACCCCUGCAUCACCAAUGACUUCUACGCAGUCAUCGUCAACACUGACACCUCCUGCAACAACCACUGCCCAAUCGACGACUGCUACAACCGUUGCAUCAACUUUACCGUCUUCUUUACCAUCUUCCACGCAAUCAUCGUCAACAGUGACACCUCCGGUACAGCUUGUGUUGUGA